AUGGCCCAUCGGCUCGCAGCUAGAGGCGCCGACCUCGAGGCGUUGUCGCCUCGCGAUGCCAAUGCGCAACGCAUGCCCAAGCCCGCCGACGUCAAGACCAAGACGGCCGCCCAGCUCAAGGCGGCCAAGGACAAGGAGCACCCGCCGCCCCCGCCGCCCGAAGUCUUUGAGCCCUCGUCCAACGAACGUCCCGAUGGCGCCGUAUACCAGACCGGCAAGCUGCUUGGCAAAGGCGGCUUCGCCAUUUGCUACACCGGCCAUCUGCAGCCCUCUAAUAAAGUCUACGCCCUCAAGAUUGUCAAGAGCCACAUGCCGGCCAAGAUGGAGCAAAAGUUUCAAACCGAACUUCAAAUACACUCCAAGAUGAAGCACAAAAACAUUGUCCAGUUCUGGCGCGCCUUUUCUUUUCAAAACAGCACCUACCUCGUCCUCGAGCUCUGCCCCAACGGCUCGCUCAUGGACAUGGUCAAACGCCGCAAGGGGUUAACGGAGCCUGAAGUGCGAUUCUACUCGGUCCAGAUUGCCGGCGCCAUUAAAUAUAUGCACAGCAAGGGCAUCAUUCACAGAGACUUGAAAAUGGGCAACAUCUUUCUCGAUGCUCAUAUGAAUGCCAAAAUUGGCGACUUUGGCCUUGCUGCGCUCCUUGUUACGGGCAGGGAUAUGCACACCAUUCGUCGUACAACACUUUGUGGAACGCCAAACUAUAUUGCGCCUGAAAUCUUGGAAAAGGGCAAAAAGGGACAUGAUCACAUGGUUGAUAUCUGGUCGCUGGGCAUCAUCAUGUUUGCCAUGUUCACUUCCAAACCCCCCUUCCAAUCGUCAACUACGGAUGAGAUUUACCGCCGCGCAAGAGAGCGUGACUAUGAAUGGCCCGUCAAUGACGCUACUCGCUACAUCAGUGACGAGGCCAAGGAUCUGGUGGCUACCAUGCUGGAGGACGCCGAGCAGCGGCCUGAGCCAGACGCCAUUAUUCAGCAUCCAUUCUUCGCAAUUGGCUACACCCCAAGGGAAUCUGAAAUGAGCUCCCGUCUGCGCGAAGUGGCGCCAGACAGACAAGAGUUUUAUGGGCGUCUACCCUCAGCCAUGCGCACACAGUCGGUGCGGAACUUCAAGGAGCUCUGCCGCGAAUGCUGCAUCGGCUCGCUAGCCCAUGUUCAGGUCCUUCACACGCAAAUUUGGAAGGAAAUGGCUGCCGAGGAAAAGGCUGGCCUUACACCGGUCAUUCCCCUAGCCGACGAUAUAGUUUAUACGCCAUUCGACGACUGGAUCAAGGAGCAGCAGCAACUGCGCCUGAAACAAUCUGCAUCGGCGCCGCCCUCGGUUGCCCACACAACUGCACCCGAAAGAACGAGUCUUCUUCGUCAACCACCUCAAAGUUUUGCUGCUCAACAAAGAGCCCAGAACCGGCCACCUGCCGCGCCGUCAGCAAAGCCCAUCUCUACAGAGCCACUCUCACAAAGCACUCGGGCCAAGAGCCGCACAGAUCUGUUGGGGGUACGGUCCAAGGAGGCGUCCGAUUCUAUCAGGAGCGUGCGCCCGUCGAUCCGUACAGCGCUCCCUUCUAUCCGCUCAGCACCGAACAUUCAUGUUGUCGAGCGCUCAGCUACCCUGACAGCUACUCUAUCCGCCUCUGCUUCAGCAAGCCUUAGCCACUCACGGCAUAAUUCUGAUUCUAUUCAUACCGCCACUCUUUUCAGCCCCCUCGAAAAGCCCAGUCAAGUUACUGGCACCAACCCCGACGUCAUUCUGGAACGCCUUCGCCGAUUAGAAACAGAGCUAGAGCGUGCCCUCAACUCGCGCUCAAUGGCCAUCAUCUCUUCCAGGACUGUAACGCCAGCACCACCGCACAUUGUCGUCAAAUGGGUAGACUAUACCAACAAGUUUGGUCUUGGCUAUAUCCUCAACGAUGGCGGCGUUGGUUGCAUCCUCCGCGACAUUCCCACCACCGAGGGCAGCAAGACUGCCCUUCUGCCCCCCGCCGGCGUCUUUAUCCGCGGCGCCGAGAGACACAUUCUCCGCCGCCAAGACGAAUCAUAUACCGACAGAAAUCAGCCAGUGCCCAUGUCUCAGUCGAUUACCUUUUUCGAGAACAAGGGUGAGGCUGGUCUGACGGAAGUAUCACUAUCACCAGAGCAGUUCCGCGUGGCCGUCAACGAGGACGGCACGGCGGGCAAGAUGAACCCCGGCCGCGACAUUUACCAGCACAGAAAACGCGAGCGCAUCAUUUUGUGGAAAAAGUUUGCCAACUACAUGAUUGCGUACGGCCGCGACGAGGCCAUUGCCGAGGAGCCCGCCGCCAAGAGCCAAAAGGCCACGCCCUCUGAGCUCGUCACGUUUUACCAGCGCUUUGGCGACGUGGGCUGCUGGGCCUUUUGCGACGGCCACCUCCAGUUCAACUUCCCCGACCACACCAAGAUUGUGCUCGACGCGACGGGCACGUGGUGCCACUUUUGGCACCUGCCCCAGGAUGCGGCCGAGCGCCUCGCCGAGACGGGCACCAUUGGCGCCGCCGCCCUCGACGACCGCGCCACGCUCUCGUACCCGCUGCAGACGCUGCUCAACUUUCACCACCAGUCGUCGUCGGCCAGCGGCAACCCCACGCGGUCGACCAGGAGACGACCCGAGAUUGACCCUGAGCUGCAGGGCAUCCCCGCGGCCAAUGACUUUCGCCGCAAGAUUGACUUUAUCAAGACGGUCGUCAAGGAGUGGGUGGCCAACGGCGGGCUCGGCAACAGCUCCAUGGGGCGCGAGCAGCGCCUGCGCUGGCGGGGUCACCGCGAGACGAUUCACAGCACGGCGCCGCAGAAGCACGUCUGGGUCACGAUUGGCUCGCGAUGGGGCGACCAGCGCAUAUCCACGUUUGUCGAUCCCCUCAAGCCGUGGGAGCUGGGUGACGAGGUCGAGGCCAAGAGGUGA